AUGGCUUCUCAGAAAUCUCCGCAUGCGAGGUUCAGCACCCUCAUCUUGAGUCGUCUGGCUUCUCAGCCCGACUCCAUUAUAGCGGCAAGCUCCACAUGCGAGAAAUCUCCGCAUGCGAGGUUCAGCACCCUCGUCUUGAGUCGUCUGGCUUCUCAGCCCGACUCCAUUAUAGCAGCAAGCUCCACAUGCGAGGUUCAGCACCCUCGCCUUGGGUCGUCUGGCUUCUCAGCUCGACUCCAUCAGCGGCAUGCUCCGCCAACGAGGUUCAAAGGCCCUCAACCUCUGCCUACAUGA